GCUCGUCGACUGGGAUAUUACGAAUAUUCGAAGCAGAGAAGCUCCUUGAGCUUCACACGAACAAACAAACCAUCCUGCGCUAGACCUCGGUCGUUCUUCUCGCCCCGACCUAAAUAUCUCCACCGUCCUCAGUGUAUUUGUCUCUACGAACCGGUCAAUCAAACCACACACCAUGGCGCCGAAGCGCAUCGCACGCGAGGGCACGCCCACUGCAGCGACAGCACCAGCAGUUGCUUCCACGCCCAGCAAGAUCACCGUCAAGCCGUCCUCCGGGGCGCAGAGCUGGGAUCAAGUCAUCAUGAGCGUCUACAACUACUAUCAGAGCCAGACGCCGCAGCGAACCAAACUCAUUGACGUCUUCAUGGCGUUCCUAGUCCUGGCCGGUGGUGUCCAAUUCCUCUACUGCAUCCUGGGUGGAAACUAUCCCUUCAACUCCUUCCUCUCUGGCUUUGGUGCCACUGUUGGCCAGUUCGUGUUGACGGCCUCACUACGGAUACAAACCACAGAAGCGAACAAGGCGGACUUUCCGUCGGUGUCACAAGAGAGGGCCUUUGCCGACUAUGUUGUGUGCAGCUUGAUCCUGCACUUUUUUUGCAUCAACUUUAUCAACUAGGAGGGCAAAAAAGGCCGGCGCGGAUGUCACACGGUACAGGGGGGGCGAGAAUAAGGAGAAUAAGACACCCGAGGCCAUCGCCUUGGCUCUGGACAGGUCUAGGUCGCUACAUAAUAACACAUAAAUCACGCGCUGGCCCAUCUAGAAGGACAGUUCGAUUAUGGAAAAGACGAAGCAGUCUUCUUCCCUCAUUGCUCGAGCGACGGCUGUUCUGUCGUGGAAGCCGCUGAUGCGGCCCUCGGGGGCCCUCC